AUGAAUCCCCACGAAGGGUUGGUGAGCCGCCUGCGGGCAGCCUGGCUCUCGGGGAAGACGCGGCCCAUGGAAUACCGUGUGGCCCAGCUGGAGGCACUGGGACGCUUCCUCGAUGAGAAGAAACAAGACAUCCUGGAGGCCACUGCCUUGGACAUGGGCAAGCCACCCUUUGAAGUCGAGCUGUCUGAGAUCUCCAUCUGCCGGAGCGAACUCAAUCACACACUCAACAACCUGGGCACCUGGAUGAAGGACGAGCACGUGCAGAAGAACUGGGUGACACAGCUGGACUCAGCCUUCAUCCGCAAGGACCCGUAUGGGGUGGUGCUCAUCAUCGGGCCCUGGAACUACCCCAUUAACCUCCUCCUGGUGCCCCUCAUUGGGGCCAUCGCUGCUGGUAACUGCGCUGUCAUUAAACCCUCCGAAAUCAGCAGGAACGUGGAGAGGUUGGUGGCUGAGACACUGCCCAAGUACCUGGACAAGGACUGCUUUGCUGUGGUGACCGCCGGUGUGGAGGAGGCCACCAGACUGCUGGAGAACAAGUUUGACUACAUCUUCUUCACGGGCAGCCCCUCUGUGGGAAGGAUCGUGAUGACAGCCGCCGCCAAGCACCUGACGCCUGUGACGCUGGAGCUGGGGGGCAAGAACCCAUGCUAUGUGUCUGACAACUGCAACGUGCACAACGUGGCCCGUCGAGUGGCCUGGGGUCGCUUCUUCAACGCGGGGCAGACCUGUGUGGCACCUGACUACGUGCUGUGCAGCCUGGAGAUGCAGGAGAAGCUCCUGCCUGCCCUGCGCGAGGCCAUCACUGAGUUUUACGGCCCCAACCCUCAGGAGUCACCCAACUUCGCCCGCAUUGUGGGGGACAAACACUUCCAGCGGGUGCGGGCGCUGCUGAACAGUGGGAACGUGGCCAUCGGAGGACAGACGGACACAGAGACACGCUACAUAGCCCCCACAGUGCUGGUUGAUGUGCAGCAGGACGACCCUGUCAUGCAGGAGGAGAUCUUUGGCCCCAUCCUGCCCAUCAUCACGGUGGCCAGCAUGGAUGAUGCCAUCGCCUUCAUCAAUGCUCGGGAACGGCCGUUGGCUCUCUACGUCUUCUCCUCCUGCAAGAAGGUGGUGAACCAGGUCCUGGAGCAGACGAGCAGUGGUGGCUUCUGCGCCAAUGACACCAUCAUGCACAUGACACUGACUUCACUGCCCUUUGGUGGCAUCGGGCAGAGCGGCUUGGGCCGCUACCACGGCCGCUUCAGCUUCGAGACGUUCUCGCACCCACGCUCGGCGCUGCUGCGCGGGAUCGGCCGGGAGGCCUUGAACGACCCCCGCUACCCGCCCUAUGCCGCCCGCCGCCUCCCGUUACUCCGCGCCGCCACGGAGACCAAGCGCCGCGCCGUAUGCGCUAUCCUCUGAGCACAAUAAAGUCCCACUUCCGCCUCACCGCGCGCCCGAGAGCUGCUUCC